AUGACAACUCGAGUUCCUGCAACCCUCUCCUUCCUUUUCCUCUGGACCCUGCCGGGGCAGGUCCUCCUCAGGGCGGCCUUGGCAAAAGAGGAAAUCAAACCUGGGACCAAGGGAUCCCAGCCCAUGUCCCCUUCUGAUUUCCUUGACAAACUUAUGGGGCGGACAUCUGGAUAUGAUGCCAGGAUUCGGCCCAAUUUUAAAGGCCCACCCGUGAACGUGACCUGCAACAUCUUCAUCAACAGUUUCAGCUCUGUCACUGAGACUACCAUGGACUAUCGGGUGAAUGUCUUCUUACGGCAGCAGUGGAAUGACCCACGGCUGGCGUACAGAGAAUAUCCUGACGACUCACUGGACCUUGACCCUUCCAUGCUGGACUCUAUCUGGAAACCAGACCUGUUCUUUGCCAAUGAGAAAGGGGCCAACUUCCAUGAGGUGACCACAGACAACAAGUUACUGCGCAUCUUCAAGAAUGGGAAUGUGCUUUACAGCAUCAGGCUGACCCUCAUUUUGUCCUGCCCAAUGGACCUCAAGAACUUCCCCAUGGACACCCAGACCUGCACAAUGCAGCUGGAAAGCUUUGGCUAUACCAUGAAUGACGUCAUGUUUGAAUGGCUAGAAGAUGCUCCUGCUGUCCAAGUGGCUGAGGGGCUGACUCUGCCCCAGUUUAUCUUGCGAGAUGAAAAGGAUCUAAGCUAUUGUACCAAGUACUACAACACAGGGAAAUUCACCUGCAUCGAGGUAAAGUUUCAUCUGGAACGGCAAAUGGGCUACUAUCUGAUUCAGAUGUACAUCCCCAGCCUACUCAUCGUCAUCCUGUCCUGGGUUUCCUUCUGGAUCAACAUGGAUGCUGCCCCUGCACGUGUGGGCCUAGGCAUCACCACCGUGCUCACUAUGACCACUCAGAGCUCUGGCUCCCGGGCCUCUUUGCCAAAGGUGAAGAGACAUGCAGUGGAACUUGCUUGCCAUAGAGCUCCCCAUUUCCCAUUUAUCCCAGUCUCUCCUGCUCAUUAUUUUCCUUGGAUUUAA